AUGAUACCGGCACGCAGCAUCAGGAAAUGGAGAGGAAACAGCCGGCAGAACGGGUGCAAGAGGAAGCAAGGCGAAGGUGCAGGCAGGAUCCAGAAGGUUGUGACGAACAAGAAAGCAAUGACAGCAUCUACAUCUAGCUGGAUGAUGCUGGAUGUCAGGUCGACGUUGGCGCCGGUGGACAUCCUGCAUGUAUGCUUCAUGAAUGAGGUAGAGGGCCCCUCUGGCAUACCUAUGGAAAAAUCCACCUUAAACUUCAAGAGGUUCUGGGAAGUUCGCCUGAAGUGUCUUGCAGCUGGCACUGCAGAUGAACACCCUCGGCUUCCUCCGCACAUGGCCGAACAAUGUUGA